GCCGUGGCUAUAUCAAUUUGGUUUUCAUUGGAUAGAAUCCUAAUACAGUCCAUAGUCCAAAGUCCAAACCGAUUAUUUCGUUUUGGAUCCGAUUUUGUAUAUGUCCUUAAACCAAAGCUGGACUUCCUGCUUAUCAACCAAGGAGAAAGUUCGCAGUUUCCCGCAAUCCACGCUGCACAUCUCAGAGGCAGAGUUGAUGCAAAUUAUUGCGGGAUAGUCCUAUUGAAGUUUCUCCUAUGGCGGAAGUAGAGAAAAUCGACGUGUUCUGGGAGGAGGGGAUGUUAAAGCAUGAUAUGGGUCGGGGGGUGUUCGAUACCGGGGAAGACCCGGGAUUCAUAGACGUUCUCGAAAAGCACCCUGAAAAUGGAGAUAGGAUCCGGAACAUGCUUUCUAUCCUAAAACGGGGCCCCAUUUCACCUUACAUUUCAUGGCAUCAAGGAAGACCUGCUUCCAUUUCUGAGCUCCUUUCUUUCCACUCUCCAGAAUAUAUCCAGGAAUUGGAAGAAGCAGAUAAAGCUGGAGGGAAGAUGAUCUGUUCUGCAACAUUUCUAAACCCUGGCUCUUGGGAAGCUGCUCUUCUUGCUGCUGGCACUACGCUUUCAGCUAUGAAGUACAUAUUAGAUGGACAUGGUAACAUUGUGUAUGCAUUAGUCAGGCCACCUGGUCAUCAUGCUCAGCCUACUCAUGGGGAUGGAUAUUGUUUCCUAAACAAUGCUGGUCUCGCUAUUCAAUUAGCAUUAGGUUCUGGUCGUACUAAAGUGGCUGUUAUUGACAUUGAUGUUCAUUAUGGAAAUGGGACUGCAGAAGGCUUCUAUAACUCGAAUGAAGUUCUUACAAUUUCACUUCAUAUGAAUCAUGGUUCAUGGGGUCCAUCACAUCCACAAAGCGGUAGCAUUGAUGAGCUCGGUGAAGGGGAGGGGUUGGGAUAUAAUAUAAACAUACCAUUGCCUAAUGGAACUGGAGACCAUGGAUAUAUGUAUGCUGUGGAGGAGCUUAUUGUUCCAGCCGUUCAGAACUUUGAACCAGAUAUGAUCAUCUUGAUUGCUGGACAGGACUCAAGUGCGUUUGACCCAAAUGGAAGGCAGUGCUUGUCAAUGGAUGGAUACAGAGCAAUAGGAAGAAUAGUUGGUGACCUGGCGAAAACACAUUGCAAUGGCCAACUUCUUAUUGUUCAGGAAGGCGGCUAUCAUGUUACAUAUUCAGCCUAUUGUCUUCAUGCGACACUUGAAGGUGUGCUGAAUCUUCAAAGUCCUCUAUUAUCUGAUCCUCUCGAUCACUACCCCGAGGAUGAAGAGUUGACUGAGAAGGUAGUUGAUAGUAUGAAGAAGUAUUAUGAAACAAAUGUUCCAUUUCUAAAGGAAAUCACCAAGGAGCAAAAUUGAAACUGGUUUCUUCUUUGAUGUUUAAAAGUAAACUUUGGAGGAUUACUUGUGCAGCAGUUGUGAUGUGAUCAUAUGACCCAGAACCUUGCGAAUAACAUACUUUUCAAACUCUCAGAUGCAAAUUAGCUCAAGAAAUUACAAGAGUUUGGGUCAUUUACAAAUACAAGGACUUAAUUACAAGAGUUUGGAUCUUUUGUAUUUCUCUAAGGUGUAACUGUUACGGUCCAUGGUAACUGUUACGGUCCUAUAUAAGGUUACCUAGCUUUUGGGGAUGGUUCUCCCAUGGUCCUGUAUCAGUAACAACUUAUACGGGUUUGCUGUUACAAUUGUACAUUAUGUAAGAUGUGUAUAUUGUUGUGAGUCUUGGGAGUGUUGUAAAAUUGCACAUUGAUGGUGAGAAUGACAAAUGCUUCUGGUUUGUAUGAUUAAAUAAAAAGCCUGAUUCAUCGCA